AUGAAUCUUGAAAAUUUCUCUUACUUUUCGGGCAUGUGUAACAUGACGGCCGAGUCACAGGACUCACCAGCCGAGCUGGCCAGCCCGCUGGUCAUGUCGCCUAACGUGAGUCUGGACUCCCCUUUACCGCCAUCGCCUCUGAUGCUGCAGGCCCGGAUCAAAGAUGGGGUUCUGAUCAAGUCUGAGCCACGGGCAACAAGUCCGAACGCGGAUCGAGAGGAGGGAGCUACUCUGGGCCAAACCGAGGAGCAUCUGCCCACUGGGAGUAGACGUAGGAAGAGGCCCGUUCAGAGAGGGAAACCACCCUACAGUUACAUCGCUCUCAUUGCCAUGGCCAUCGCCAACUCCCCCGAGAGAAAACUCACACUUGGGGGUAUUUAUAAAUUCAUCAUGGAACGUUUUCCCUUUUAUCGAGAGAACUCAAAGAAGUGGCAAAACUCCAUCCGCCACAACCUCACCCUCAACGACUGCUUUGUCAAGAUUCCCCGGGAACCUGGAAGGCCUGGUAAGGGCAACUAUUGGACUUUGGACCCCGCUGCUGAAGACAUGUUCGACAACGGGAGUUUUCUGCGGAGGAGGAAAAGAUUCAAGCGCACUGACGUAAGCACCUAUCCAGGGUACAUGCAGAGCUCUAGUGCGUUCACCCCGAACCCCAUGGGCAGACCGGCAUACCCCAACACCAUGUACCCAGGAAUAGGAUCGGGUUACGGCUCGCAGCUGGCAGGGACCCCCCACCCGGUGAUGCUGCAUCAUUAUCAGACCCCUGCCGGGGUCAGUCAAGGACAGCCAAGGAUGUUCAGCAUCGACAACAUCAUCAGCCAGCAGUCGGUGAUGCAGGGAGGAGAGCUCAACCCGCUGGGGUUAGGCGGUGGAGACUUGGGCACCAUGUCUGCUAGCUGCUCCCUCACUGGCACUGACCCCUCCAACUGCUUCCAGAUGCAGACUGUCAAUCCCUCGGGGAAUUCACUGGGCAGAGGCGGUGGGGGACUGUCAUCAAACCUGGCACCCGGGUAUCCUUACUCUUCCUCGGCAUCCCCCCCACACCUACCUUCCAUGAUGCAGUCCAGUUUCUCUCCAGGUAGCUCUCAGGUGUACUGCACGGGGAACCGUCUGUCUCUACCCGCCGUGCGCUCCGGGUCUUGCGCGGAGCACACUGAGCAACUACUGGGUCUCUCCAGCACAAUGAACUCUUACAACAACUCUUACAUGAGACAAGCCAAUUUUGCAUCAGGAUUAGAUCGGUAUAUGUGA